AUGGUGCUCAAGGAAUUUCUCGACUCAGACCGAGUCAACUUUCUCAUCUGGAGGUAUUUGCUUGAAGGCAAUUACAGAGAAACCGCCGCCAAAUUCCAGAAGGAAUGGCACGUCAAGGAGCCGCAACGAGACUUCGAGUUUGCGCGCCAUGUCAAGGGCCGUGCUCUAGUGUCCGUUGUCAACAGCGGCCUCAUCUACUAUGCUCUCGAGCGAGAGUAUGCACGCCGUCAGCAGAUGCCUGAAGAUGUGGCUGCACAAGACGAGUCGCUGCACAACGGCAUUUUUGGACCGCUGGAGGUGCAACCGCCGGCCAAGAUGGAGGAGGACGCCGAGAACGAUGAGGAUGCGCCGGGGGAGGAGGACGACGAGGCGGAGCUGUCGCGUAAACGGAAUCACACUUCACUGCCCAACGGGUCGCCCCCCAAGCGCCCACGGCUCGAUAACCGCUGCGAGAGCAAAUCCGAUGCAGCCACCGUCAGCACCCCCAUGGAUGUGGACCAGCCCGACGACCACCAUCAGGACGACCACCACCAGGACGACGACCAGAGCCUCAACGACAACCACGCCUACCCGUCGCCGCUGGAGGGCGAGCAGGUGCCGGCGAUUGUGCGGACAGAGGGCCCCGAGCAAGGCACGCAGGUCGACAAGGUCGAGCAGCUGUUUGCUGGCACCACCUUCAUCCGCCUUACGGACGACUGCGCCACCGACUCAGCGCCUUCGCCCUCGGCCGGCUCUGGCUCGGGCUCUGGCUCUGGCUCUGGCUCUGGCUCUGAGAACGCUCCCAUCCUGCUGCAGUGCGAGUGGAACCCGACAGACCCAUCAAUACUGGCGGCUGCUGGGACCGAUGCGCUAGCCCGCGUUUGGACCAUUUCGCGUGCCACGGCAACCGACCAAGGCGACCAUCACGUGUCUCCCCACGCCCACGCCUUGCUGGACCCCGAGGCGCCCAAGACGACGACGGUGACGGCGCUGGCCUGGAUGUCGGACGGCUCGUCCAUUGCCGUUGCCAGCGACUGCGGCGGAGCUCGCGCCGCCAUUCACCUGUGGUCUGCGGGCGGCGAGAUUGUCCAGGCGCUGGACGUGUCGGAGCCGCCUGUUGUGCGGCUGCUGUGGAAUCCCAGCAACACGGCGCUGCUGGCCAUCUCCCCAGAGAACAAGACCGAUACGCUGGUGACGGUACACUCGAUUGCCACGAACAAGUCCCUCCGCUACCGCCUCCCGGGCCACAGCCUCGACACGGGUCUGGACGCGACAUGGACCGGCGACUCGGAGUUCUUAAUCUGCGGCGGCGGCACGUUUGAAUGCCUGACCGUGGGCGAGACGGCGAUCCAGAGAACUCGGAAGUUUGAGACGAAAGAGGACGAUCACUUUGCCCAGGUGUUGUUCGACCCGCGGUCACAGCUCGUCGCUACAUCAAGCGACAAGGGCGUUUUGGAUCUGUGGGACGAAUCAGGGCAGCGCCGGUCAAUAUCAGCCCAUCAAGGAUCAAUCACAACGAUGGCUUGGCAGCCAUUGCCGUCAGGCGAGUUGGCCGCAGACGACGAGCGGUUAAUCGCCACCGGAGGAGAGGACGGUGCCAUUCUGAUUUGGAACGCCAGGAGACCCGAGAGCAAACCGAAGUGCUUCUUCACGAUGGACUUACCUGUCGUGCGUCUCGCCUUUACUCCCGACGGAGCUUUUAUCGCAGGAGCCACUCCCAGAAGCGUCAUGAUCUGGAAGGUCGAUAGCCAUUCAUUGCCGCGGGCCGUAUGGAGGCCUUCCAGAGACGAGUUUGAGAAUUUCAGGGGCAACCAAGACUCCGAGGAGGAGGAUGAGCACUGCUUGUGCUGGGAUAAUACUGGUCAGAAGCUGGCUUACGGCGCGAACAGUCGGCUUGCUAUCAUCAGCUUCAGGGCAUAGAGGUCACUGGCGCUGAGGAUGAAAAGACGCAAACAUGUCCGAUGGGCGAACGCUCACGAACGUGGGGUGGGCCGGGUGCCUCUAGAAACCCUCGGGAACAAAACGAGAAAGCGAGGAGAAACAGACUCCUAAACGAAACGGCAUCGGCGGGCGCUCCUCUCUCUUAUUCUUUCAUUGAGCAAUAAGUUGGAUAGAUGGGUCGGGGAGGUGAGGUGCGGUCGAGCGCGUGACUUGGGCCAAAGUGCCCAUCGCAUCGAUCCUUUUGUAUACCGGCAUUCGCCGUUGGGCUUUCUUUUUCUGGUCACGAACCACGAUAUAUGUGGACAGCAGCAGGGGAGCUGGACUGGACUAUGCUAAUCAUCUUGACUAUGCGGAUACACUCGAAUGAAGGGCAGGGAUAAAACGGACGUACGGAGUACGAGUGGAUUUCUUCUUUUCAUUAUUCCUUCCCUUUUUUUUCUUCAUCUUUCCUCUAGUCUUUUCUUCAUGCUCCUUUUGCUCUAUCUUUGCUUUAGCCUCUCCAUUGAGUUCAAGGCAACGGGGAGCAAGGAGCCAGCGAUGGCCAUUCUCUUUGUCUACAGCAUGUGUUUGAAAUAGGUAUGGGGUAGUGCGGCUGCUUCGUGUACAAUAAAUCUGCAGAGUACUAUCAA